AUGCAGAUGGAGGGUAUGAGCGGGGGGACGUACUAUGGCGUCUUGCAUGCCUCCGACGUUGAUUUCGCCAAUAUCACUCAGGUCGAGACAUUUCUGCAUGAGCUCAAGCAUCUGGAGUAUCUUCCUAUCCUAGGAGCACGCUAUGCAGAGUAUUUCUGUCAUCAACAGAGUGUACUCACUUGUUCGACGCUUGAGAUCGCCCUGUCCACUCUCUCAACCAUUACAGCGCUGGCUCGAGAGCCAUCUUAUCUCCAGUGGACCCCCCGUGGACUGUCACCUUGGUUCAUGCUCCCGCCAUUCGGACCAAUAUAUAUCAUCCUCGCAUACUUCGUCUUCAUUAUUAUUUUGGAGUUCAUCAACAACCAUGUUGCAGGAGCUGGAUACUGGCAGUUUCUCGGAGUCCGCGCUGGAUGGCUUGCAACCGCUCAGAUUCCCCUCCUUGUAGCCCUUGCCGGCAAAAGAAAUUUGAUCGGUAUGCUCUGCGGCAUUCCCUAUGUUCGACUGAAUAUCUACCAUCGCUGGGUAUCUCGAGGGCUCUUGCUGCUUUCGACUUUCCAUUUCGCCUUCCAAAACCAUGGGUGGGAUCUCUACCAUAUAAGUAAACUGGAGUGGGACACAGAUGACUGUCCCACAAAGGGCAUCGCUGCCUACGCUUUUAUCCUAUGGAUGAACCUCACAACAUUAGCUCCCUUCCGACACAUGAGCUACGAGUUCUUCGUCGUACAACACAUCAUCACGUUCUUCGGUUUCAUCAUCGCGCUCUCCUAUCAUCUGGACACAGGUCCAGCCCCCAACGCUCAACGGUACAUCUACGUCACCGCCGGUAUUUACGUCGCGGGUUUGAUCCUGCGAUUCGUCUACUACAGCUAUAUCAACUCCCGUCCCGCACGAGCCACAGUAGAACCCCUAGAAGGCGGGGCGACCAAGGUCCGAAUCACAGCUCGGAAGAUCCGUAAUUGGAAGCCCGGAUCACAUAUCCUUCUAUCACUCCCGCGACUAGGGUUCCAGCUCUCACACCCAGCAACCAUCUCAUCCAUACCAUCAUCACACGAUGGCGAACUCGUCCUCAUCCUAAAAGCCCACAAGGGCUUCACAAGAAAGUUGAUCAACACAGCAGAGGCCAUCACCAACGGCCCCAAAGAUGCCGAAUCCACACAAACAAAGCGCUCAUACACGGCCCUAAUCGACGGCCCCUACGCAAGCUCCUCUCCAGACUUCACAUCUUUCGAUUCCGUCUUGUUCCUCGCAGGUGGCACAGGUGUGACAUUCACUCUAUCCCAACUCCUCCACGUCGCACACCGUUCCACAGACGGGUCGUUGCCUCUCCGCCAAGUCCUCUUCAUCUGGGUAAUCAAGGAAAGCCGCCAAGCGUCAUGGGCCUUGGCCGAGCUUGAAGCCGCGAUGCAGAAGCUGCAGAACACAAACAUUCAAAUCCGCGUCAAGAUAUUCGUCACCCAGGACUCUGUUUGCCUCCCAGACAUCAAGAACAAUGAUGAAAAACAAACCUGUGCCUGCACAAAUCCCUGCCUCUGCACUUCCAACAACAAUUAUGCCGACGACACCGACGACGUCGAUAAAAUCGAGCAAAUAACCCCUUCUUCUCCUUGCACGGAGCCCGAUUCGGUCCUCGAAGCCUCUGGACCGCCCAGCGUCUCCUUCCAGCACGGAAGACCUUCGUUUGACGGUUACAUUGAGGACGCAGUCUUGCAGGCGAAGGAAGAAAUAGCUGUUGCUGUUUGCGGACCCAUUGGGCUAACCGUUUCUGUGCGACAGGCGGUGGUCCGAGUGUCGGAUCAUCUGGCUGUUUGUAAAGGGUCUGGGUUGCCGGGGGUGUUUUUGCAUGUGGAGAAUGUGUAUUGA